AAAAACCACCGAUAGAGUAGGGGAAAUACAGCACCACCGGAUGCCAACCGCCGUCAACUAGAAGAAGACGACAACGAAGAAGAAGAGGAGUAUCUAUAAAAGUACGAUAGGAAUAUCACUGAUAUUGCAGGAAAAGGGAUGGAGGCAAGCGGACACCCCUGUGAGAGUGACACCUCCACACACCUGCAAGGCUCUGGAGAUGCACCGAUGAGUACUAUGAACUUGUAUGCCACUCUAGGUCUCUCGCCUGAGGAUGUGGAUGCUCUGGCUCAGAUCCCUGAGAGUGAGAUUAGUGUGGAGACUUUGCCCAUUCUCAUAAUGCAGCUGAAGGCUAAACGAGCCCAAGAAGAAGCGAGGCAGAGAGACGUGUCCCCUAAAAGAGAGAUUAAGAAAGAGCACGCUGAUUCAAGAGACAAUCGUAAAGAAGUCAGUCCCACCUACUCAGAGCCCCACCGGCCAAACUGUCAUGGGGACACAGACUAUAGGAGAGUGGUGAGUUACAAGCGAUUGGAACGGCCAGAAAAGAUGGAGGGGAGGAGAGAUUCCCGUCACUCUAGGCCCCCAAGAGACAAGCUUUCAGACAGCCGGCCAGAAGGCCGGCCAAAGUUUCCAAUGUCGUAUGAAGUGGAUGACUUCUGUGGAGUUACGCCCAAGGAGCUUCCACACAAAUGCUCUCUGUGCUUAUGCAUGGUCAAUUCUAAAACGACAUGGACAAGCCAUCUCCAUGGACUGCGCCAUGCAGAGGGAAAGCGAAGAAUAAUGCGUUUAUAUCCAGAGUGGGAAAUCCCUGAGAGCACAAACAUGCCAGAUAAUGAUGAUCACUCCCCCCCCAGGAAAGUGCCCCGCCUUGCAGUGCCGUUCAAGAAACCACACAGCUCAGAUCGACUCUCAGGAGGAGAAGUUUGGCCCCUACAAAAAAGACUUAAUUUAAAGCCCAAGACUGGUACAAAGGUGGUGGUCACAAAGUAUCCUCUUGGUGUUGUCAGUGUUGAUCACUUGCUGUCUUUGGCAAAGCCUUAUGGUACAGUUGUGAAACAUCUUGUGUUCCCCACUAAGGGAUUCCUGGAGUUCAGCUCACACAAGGAGGCAGUUAAUAUGGUGAAACAGUUUGGUGAAAAACCGUCUUAUGUGAGGAAUCACAAGUUGACCAUGUACUUGUCACCAACCGUGUGCAGUAUUCAUACACCGAGACUGGAUGAACCAGAGACGCGGCACUCCAAACGUGUGAACAACGCUGUGGUCUGUUUCUCUCAUCUGCCUCCAGGGAAAGAGCAGGAAGCUGAAAUUCUUGAACUGGCCAAGAUGUUUGGCAGUGUGCAACAUUCAAUAUUUUCAAGUGACCAGGCUCUGAUUGAGAUGGUAGACUGGAAGGACGCAGACAUCAUGGUGAAAUACUACCGCUCCAACCCCCUGAAGAUCAAUGGGAAAGGUGUCAAAGUCAGCUUGUCGUCAACAAGAAAGAGGAUAAGAGAAAGUCCUGAAUCCACCACAUCCAGAAGAGCAGACUCCAGCAAAAGCCACUGCAGCAAGCAUAAAAGCACAGAGACUGGAGAGACUUCCGCUAAUCAAGAGAAAAACAUGGUAGACACACAACCUGCCGAGGAAAUGGUGAACGUUAAAGAAGAAAGCCAUGAAAGCACCUUGGAGGAUCACAAGGAAGACGACACAGAGUCAGAAAACAUUCAACUAGAGGAAGAAGAGGGGAUGAUGGUGGAAGAUGAACAAAGUCUGUUAGAUGACAUUGAUACAGAGACUGGUGCCGAUGUUAAUGUUGAUAAAACUGACAGUUGCAAAAGCGCUUCACCCGUGACAGAUGCUGAAGAGAAGAAAGGACUAGAAAACAUUGAACCAUCUGACCAAAGUGUAAUAGAUUCGGAUCAAAAGGCUGCCAAUGAUCCAAAUCUUUGCGAUCACGAGGACACGAUGGAGCAGGAGAUCUUUCAUGAAGAUGAUGAGGACGUGGACGACAUGAAUUUUCCAGAGAAUAUUGAUGAUUUUGUUACGCUGGAUGAACUUGAUGAAGUUGUGGAAGAAGACGAAUCUUUAGGUUCAGACAAGACACAGGAUGGGAAGGUGGUUCUUGUUAAGCCUAUCAGAAGAUCCUACGGCUUGGAAGAUGCCCUCUUCCAACUGGCAAAGCCUUUUGGAAAGGUGGUCAACCACGUCAUAUCCUUCUACAGGGAUGAGGCGCGGCUAGAGCUGGAAAGUUCAGAGCAAGCUCAUGAAAUGGUGAAAGCCCUCAGAGACCACAGGAAAUCGCUGCUUUUCGGGAAACUUGUCAGUGUAGUCAUGUGUGGAGACGUAAAGGAUUUAAAGGAUGGGAAGGUGGUUAUUAUUCAGCGCAUCAGAAGAGCCUAUGGUUUGGAAAAGGCCCUUUUCAAACUGGCAGAGCCUUUUGGAAAAGUGGUCAACCACAUCGUAUCCUUCUACAGGCAAGAGGCGCGUUUACAGAUGGAAAGUUCAGAGCAAGCUCAUGAAAUGGUGAAAGCCCUUAGAGACCACAAGAAAUCGCAGCUUUUCGGGAAACAUGUCAGUGUAGUCAUGUGCGGAGAACUAAAGGAAUUAGCGGUGCCUAGUGGGAGAUCCAUCUACAUUGGCAUGCUACCAAUGGAGAAAUACUCUGACAUCUCACUGUUGAGGCUGGCCCAGCCCUUUGGGAAAAUCACUGGUUAUAACCUCAACUGGCGGCAUAGAAAGUGCUACAUCCAGAUGGAAACGGUGGAAGCAGCUCAGAAGAUGCUGAAGAAGUACGAGUUGCGUCCUCCAAGGUUCUACGGCACCACUUUGAAGAUCUGCCUGUGUAGGAAGGGGGAUUCACUUAUACCAUGGAAUUCUCCUGUCAAGUACGAGCUGUGGCUGGCCCGGAAGAACAGCGCUAAGGCUCUUCAAGAGGAUCAAGGAGGCGAGGGGAAAGGUGUCCAAUCCUCUACAAGUUCCACUACCCAGAGGAGUUCCAUGGAGGAGGAUGGCUCGAUGUCUGAGAGUGAAGGGGUCUGUGGAGACCCUGAGUGCGACCAGUCUGAUGCAGCCAGCGAGGACCUGGAGCAGGAGGAACCUCUAGGUCCUUAUCAACCCAACAAGCCUGUGGGGUUAGACUAUUUGGUACAAAGAACUGGAUUAUUCUGCAAGUUGUGCAACAUUUUCUACACCAACGAGAAAACAGCCAAAUCUGUCCACUGCAGCAGCAAGGAACAUUAUGAGAACCUGAAGAGAAAAGUAGAGGGAGAGAAGCAGCCAUUGGCUGAUUGAGAUGACUGGCAUCCUAUUCGUAUAUCCUACACUUCACAGUGGAAGACCCGCCUUCUAAAUGUAUCUGUUUAUUUUGUUGACAUUCCUUCAUGUACUGAUGACAUGAUUUGAACCCAUCUGGAGAAUGGGUGCUGUGCAGCCAUAUUAAGUAUAUUGAUCUUAUUAUAGUACAUGUGUAGUGACCUUGAUCAGUUUUUUUCAAAACAACCAAAUAAAACAUUUAUAAAACACAG